CGGUUCUGAUUCGUGUUCGUGAGCGCGCGGUGUUUCUUCCGGGCUCGUUCGAGACUUGAUUCCACAAUCUAGCAGAGUGCACCGCCCGUCGAGCUGAGUUCUCAUUCCAAGAAAACGAAAGCACUGAACGCGGAGCCAACUCGAUUUCUAGAGCAUUUGAUUCGUGAUGCUGCGUUUGAAGAUCGACGUGACAGCUAUAGACGGACAGCAUUGGGAAGGAAAAUUGAGAUGCAUUUUCUGGAGGCUGGAACCUCAUGGAAUCCCUCACGAAACAGUGUUUCAGUAUACUACCCACCUGCUGAGCGAGAUCGGGAUCAUAGGCGUGAAACCUUUGGCGUACCUCGAUGGCACAUAUAUCCCCGACGACGAAUCGACCUCUAUCUUCCGUGAUGGGGACUUGCUUCGCAUCCUACCGGCGAAGACCCAUAGCGCACCUCCGAUCCCGAUGAUUGGUGAAAAGAAUUCCCGUAGGGUCGAGACCGCUGUCCAGAACGAAACUAUCAGAAUUGUGAGACCCGUCGAAUCUCUCGACGAUGAAACACCGACUGAGACCACGAUGCGGGGAGAAGAUUUGACCGAGUUAGUGAGCGUCACGGCGAACGAUUCCGAAUGCGCGGACGAUGCGGACCUCCGCGAAAUUCGCGAACGCAAGAGACGAAAGAGGGGCAAACGCUGGUCUAGAGUUCGAUCUAAACGAGUAUCAUUCGACGUCAUAGGCGAGGGAAAUCUGCGAGAGAACGCUGAAGCUCACAUGGAGAGCACGCCCUUCGAGAAUCGGGUUCCAAGCGUGACGAACGGCGAAACGCCGAACGGUACCUUGGCGAGAACGCUGAGCGAUGCCUACGUGACGGCCCUUGCGGACACGCCUGGAAUAUCAAAGCAGAGCAAGAAGCCCCUGAAAGCCAUCACGGCGAGGAAAAACAAGAAGAUUCAAUCUGGAGUUGGAUAUUAUCUUGGGCUAUUGGGUUCCGCUGAGAGUAGCCUGAUAGCUGGGACGAGUUCAGGCGACGCAACAGGUUCGCCCGCAAACGGGCAUUUGAAGCCCGGUCCGUCGAACUGCGGGGAAACUUCGAAAUCGAGCAGCGGGGAUGACAAGCGAGAUGCGUCCGUUCUGUCAACCCUGGCACCGAAUAGCAGGAUCUCAUGUGACGUCGGAAUGUUUGACGCGAGAACCUCGAGCGUAGAGCAUUAUCAAGACGUCACCCUGGAAGUUCUGGAGAACCAUAAGGACAAGAAAACGUUAUUCGUCACUCACAUCGAGGGAGACUUGCCGAACCAUGUCAGCGGCAGUGACUUCAAAGUGGAUUGGGGAAUGUUGAGCUCGAUAAGAUUUUUGUGAAGGCACUCAGCACCCAGCGUUCCGACGAGGACUGGUCCUCUUUUAAUAUUGAGGCUCAUGAUGGAAGGCCCUUCUGAUUGAUCAGUCCGAGCGAGGAUUCUGGGAAUACGCCCGGUGUCCCUCAUCUUGAGAAGAUAUUUAUAGUUACCUACUUUCAGGUUGUUCCAUUAUUAAUAAAUCCCUAAGCAGUCAAUUU